AUGCUUCGAUUGAUAUCUAUCUUCGCGAUCUUCUUAGCUUUCAGCUCUCUUUUUAACAAAGUUCAAGGAGUAAAGAGAAAGUCGAUGGAGCCGCUAGAUCACUCAAGAUGGAAUCAACAAAUAGUUAUCGGCUAUGCAAAAGUUCCCGAAGACCAAGCCGAGCGCAUUAAUGAAGACAAUAGGCUAUUUGUAGACGAAACCGCAAGCAGGCGACUAGGAACUGGCUUUGAUAUAGUAGAGUACCCUGGUUUCGGGGUUAAAGAAGGGAAUUGGUAUUGUGCUAUCGAAGCGAAUUCGAUGCAUUUAGAACGUAUCGGCAAAGUCUAUAUCCCUUUUUAUCAUAGCACAUAUCCCGAGCCUCCGCAAUAUUUAUGGAACCAAGGCGACGAAGUCAUCCUGGACUAUAUCCAGCAAAAAGGACUUGCGGAAGACCCUUUCACAGCGCUACGCAUCUCAUAUAUAGAGGCGGAGGUCUUGCAAAUGCAAAUGCUUAUCCCAGCGAUAGUGAUAGAGCAAGAUUAUCUGAAUUUAAGGGCCAAAUGCUUUGAUUCAGUAGACGAUCUAAAAACGUACUCGAGUGCUACUAUGAAUUGGCUCGAUGAAUUGGACAUUAAAGGAAGGUGA